AUGAGAUACCUCGUCCUGUUUGCAGUUGGCCUUGCGGCAGUAGCCGCCCAGCAAGCUCCACAGGAUGCACCGCCAUUUUUGACAGGUGCAGCCCCAGACGUCAUCAAACAGUUCUACGAUUUGUUGAAAGCGGAUGAAACGAAGUCGGAUCCGCAAAUUGACGCUGAUAUUGAAGCAUUUGUAACCAAAUUGGGCGGGGACUACAAGACUCGAUUUGACAAGUUCAAACAAGAGUUGAAGGAAGGACAAGCACAGUACGAGAAAGCCCAUCAAGCGGCAGUUUCUAAAUUCUCACCGGCUGCAAAAGAAGCUGACGCCAAGAUGAGCGCUAUCGCUGACAACCCAACUCUGAAUGGUAUCCAAAAGAGGCAACAGAUCAAAGCUAUUAUGGACUCACUGGAUGAGAAAACACGAAACGAGAUCAUCAGCGCGUUGAGUGGUGGACAAUAA